ACCGAAACAUAUUUUUUAUUUUUUAUUUUGGUUAAAGACGGGAUUGGAGGCAAACACCCCUCUCUCGCCAUUCUCCGGUUCCCGGCAAAAUCUCCGUUCAGAGUAGAAGCACAACUGACAUUUCACAUGCACCAACUAAAGAGAUCACCUGGGUGGAAAAUCAACUACAGUUGUGGAUGGAUAGUGAAGCCAGUCAACAGCACAAGCAAGAACGUUCAAGAACAAGGUGGACGGCAUCACUGGACAAGGUAUUUGCGAACCUGGUAGUCAAGCAGAUUAAACUGGGAAACAGACCAAAUAAUGUUUUCGACAAGAAAACGUGGAAUCAUAUUCGUGAUGAGUUUAACAGGCAAACAGAACUCAACUUCAAUAACAACCAAUUGAGAAAGCACCUAGAUGUUCUACGGACACGCUACUAUAAUCUGAAGUCUGCUUAUAAUCCAAACGACUUUGCUAUUGAGGACUCUUGUUGCAUUGGAUUUGACCUGUGGGAAGACAUUGCGGCACAGCCCAGACCAGACACCAUUAAAGUCAAGGACUGCCCAAUAUAUGAGCAGCUAUGUGCAAUUUUCACUGAUACUUCACCAGAUGGGAAAUAUGCCCAAUCAAGUCACUUUGAAGGAUUUGACAAAUCUUUUGGGCAUAAUAAUGUGAUCUUAAAUUCAGUCCCAGAGGCUGAAACCCAACAUCCCAAGAAUCCAUCAUCUUCAAGGUUGAUACAAGGAAAUGCUUUGUCACCAGAGAAGGUGACGAAGAAUAUAGCCGAGAGAAAAAGGAAACAACAAUCUGAGACACGAACUUCGUUGGGUCAAAGCAGAAGAGAUCAAGAAAUACUUAAAGCCAUGGCCGGAGCUAUGUUAGAGAUGGUUGCUGCUUCAAAGUUGAGGACAGGGAUGACAACACAGAUUGAUGAAAGAUUUAGUAUAACUAAUUGCAUUAAAGCACUGGAUGAGAUGGAAGCCAUUGAUGAACAACUCUACUUUGCAGCCUUGGACCUCUUUGAUGAUCCCAACUUAAGGGAAACCUUUAUAUCUUUGAAAGGUGACAAAAUAAGAUUGACCUGGUUGCAAGGGAAGCGUGGUAAAAAUAUAACCACAUGUAGUUUAAGUUAGUGGACGGAGUUUGGGCGUUUUGGAAGUGUAAAAAAUCUUGAAAUAGUUUAGUUUCGGCAUAGCUAGUUUGUUCAUAUUGUGGCAUCAAAGAUUAUUGGACAGGACUUGUUAGCAAUGAUAUCAAGUGCACAUACGCAAACAUGCAGUUUUGAAACUUUUAGUUGUGCUUUUAUAAACUGAGUAUGUGAGAUGCGAAUGUCCAACACUGAAAAGGCCUUUGGACCAUGUAAAAUGUAAAUUGUUAAUGGGAGUGGUAGUAUUAGCUAAUACUCUGGAGCGGACUACUAUAUAUUUCUUUAUCAACAAGUCACAGCAACUUGCUAAUGGGAGUGGCAAUCAAGGGUGCCAACACAUUUACUGGUAGUGUCGCAGCUAGGGGUGCAGUCGAACCAAGUAGCUCAUGAGCUACUCGGAUUCGACUCGUGACGAGCUCGGACUUGACUCGUCGGAGAACGAGUAUUUCACGAGUUCGAGCUCAACUUCAAGCUCGUGAAAAAUGUCGAGCUUUUUGGGCUCGAUUCAAACUAUUCGUGAGCUGUUCGAAGAACUCGUUUCGUCAUUCGAGUAGGAGAGCUCAUGAGAUCGAUCGGUAAGAUUUCAGCUCGUGAGUCAAGGCCACUAACCCAGGUGCUGUAGGAGAGGAGGUCGGAGGUAAAGCUGAGAUCUGACGAGUUCGAUGACGGUAGGGUAGACUCAGAUGUUGGUGAGUAGUUUCCUCAUGACGUAGAUUGACUGAAGAUUAUGAUUGAGUGGAGAUGAGGAGUCGGAUUUUGGUCUCAGCAGAUUCGACUGAGAAGUUAGUGGGAGGGGCGGUGGAAGAAGAAGAAGAGGGGUUCAAAACGACGUCGUUUGUUAAAUCCUUAUAAAUAGCCAAGUCGAGCUCGAGAAAUUUAUUUUUUAAACGAGCCAAGCUCGAGCUCGAGCAGUUUAUUUUUUUAAACGAGCUCGAGCUCUUGCUCCUAAUACAUUCGAGCCGAGCUCGAGCCAGCCACUAUUCGGCUCGGCUCGUAUGCACCCCUAGUUGUAGCUGCAUUUUAAUUUUGACUUUCUUUACCAUUCAAUCAGAGUUUCAUAUCUCAGCCUAGUAA